AUGUCCUCCAGCUCCCCGCCGGGCGAGCCCAAGGGCCGCAGCCUGGGCCGGCUCUCGCUGCCCAGGAGAGGCAGCAUGACGCCCGGCAAGAAGCUGGCGGCGCUGGAGCUGGCCGAGAGCGCCCCGAACGCCCACUACGCCCCGCUGGCGGCCGCGCAGGGCGGGCAGGCGCCCGCGGGAUGCGGCCCCACGCCGGAGCGGGAGCGGGAGCGGGCGCCGCGCCUGCGGAGCGAGGUGCUGGUGGUGAGCGCCGACUGCCCGCGGCCCCCCGUCAGCCUGGACCCCCGCGUCUCCAUCUACAGCCUCCGCAAGCCCCUGCUCAGCCGCAGCAGCGUCCAGGGCAGGGUCUACAACUUCUUGGAGCGGCCCACGGGAUGGAAGUGCUUCGUGUACCACUUCACCGUCUUCCUUAUUGUGCUGAUAUGCCUUAUCUUCAGCGUGCUUUCUACAAUUGAGCAGUAUGCAGCUCUUGCUACAGGGACGUUAUUUUGGAUGGAAAUUGUAUUAGUGGUGUUCUUUGGAACAGAGUAUGUGGUUCGGCUAUGGUCAGCAGGAUGCCGCAGUAAAUACGUGGGAGUGUGGGGAAGGCUUCGUUUUGCUAGGAAGCCCAUUUCCAUCAUUGAUUUAAUUGUAGUUGUUGCUUCCAUGAUAGUUCUUUGUGUGGGCUCUAAAGGUCAAGUCUUUGCAACCUCUGCUAUCAGGGGCAUCCGUUUCCUGCAGAUCUUACGGAUGCUGCACGUUGACCGUCAGGGCGGUACCUGGAGGCUGCUGGGGUCAGUGGUGUUCAUACACAGACAGGAACUGAUAACUACACUCUACAUUGGAUUUCUAGGCCUGAUUUUUUCCUCUUAUUUUGUGUACCUGGCUGAGAAAGAUGCUGUAAAUGAUUCUGGAGAAACGGAGUUUGGCAGCUAUGCAGACGCCCUGUGGUGGGGAGUAGUGACUGUUACAACUAUUGGCUAUGGAGAUAAAGUGCCACAGACCUGGAUAGGAAAGACAAUUGCCUCUUGUUUUUCAGUGUUUGCAAUCUCGUUUUUUGCACUGCCUGCGGGAAUUCUUGGUUCAGGCUUUGCCCUAAAGGUACAACAGAAACAAAGACAGAAGCAUUUCAACCGUCAGAUUCCAGCUGCUGCUUCUCUUAUACAGACUGCAUGGAGAUGCUACGCUGCAGAAAACCCAGACUCUUCUACAUGGAAAAUAUACAUUCGAAAACCUGCCAGGAAUUACCAUUUGCUCUCACCCAGUCCAAAACCAAAGAAAUCGGUGAUGGUUAAAAAGAAGAAAUUUAAGUUAGACAAGGACAAUGGGCCGUCUUCUCCAGACAGGAUGUUGGCUAUACCGCACAUCACUUAUGACCACGUGGCUGAGGACAGGAAAACUGAUUUCAGUUUUGAACCAUUUGAACAUGCUGGACAAACAGGAAUGUUAAAAUUGCCUGAUUGUCAGCGCUCCUGGCCAUCCUUUUCCACAGACCAGCAGUCUUCCAGCGCUCCUUCCUCUCCAGUAAAAAAGAGCCCAGCAUUUCUAGAUGUGAGCACAGGACCCUUCAUCAGGACCAGCAGCUUUGCCGAUGAGCUUGACCUGGAGGGCGAGACCCUGCUGACCCCAAUAACUCACAUCUCGCAGCUGCGGGAGCACCACCGCGCUGCCAUCAAGGUGAUUCGGAGGAUGCAAUAUUUUGUGGCAAAAAAAAAGUUCCAGCAAGCCAGAAAGCCCUACGAUGUCCGAGAUGUUAUUGAGCAGUACUCUCAGGGUCACCUCAACCUGAUGGUGCGAAUCAAGGAGCUGCAGAGGAGGUUGGACCAGUCCAUAGGAAAGCCAUCUCUUUUUAUCUCUGUCUCAGAGAAAAGCAAAGAUCGAGGAAAUAACACGGUUGGUGCCAGGCUGAACAGAGUGGAGGACAAGGUGACACAAAUGGACCAGAAGCUGAACCUCAUCACGGACAUGCUGCAUCAUCUGGUCUCCCGUCAGCAGGGGGAUCAGGGCAACAACAGAUCAUCUCAGAGAGGCAACAGCAGCGUCAGUUCCGAGCUUUUCCUCCCCAACAACACCCUGCCCACCUAUGAGCAGCUGACAGUACCGGCAGGGAACGAGGAUGACAUCUCCUGAUGUGGUGCAAGCCUGGGUUGGGUUGUUCCUACUUUUCUCCUCUGAACAGGACUGAGUGUUGAGAGCCAGGGGGAAAUUAAGUUCAUCAGCCAACCAAGAAAUCGUGUAACUGCUGUAUCCACACCACUAGUCUCAAACAUGCUGAAGUUACCCACAGUAGCCAAAGGAUUGCCAGGCUGUCUUCCACCAGGCAAAACUUCUGGAAGCUCCACGUUGAUUUUGCUCCUGAACAAAUGAUCACAACUUAUUUCUCAAAAAGACCAAAAUGAUGUAAAACAGG